CAUUGCGAGUCACUCAUAAUGGCCGCCGCCGAGACGCGCAGGCUGCUUGAGCAGCUCAUGGGCCAGCAGUCCAUGACCGGAAGUGACCAGCGCGCACCCCAGAUCAGCAUCACCGACCCUAAAGUCUGCCGCUCGUACCUCGUUGGCAGCUGUCCCUUCGACCUAUUCACGAACACUAAGCAGGAUCUGGGACAAUGCCCCAAGACCCACAGCGCCGCGCUCAAGGUCGAAUACGAAGAAGCCUCUGAAGACCAGAAGCGCAGGUGGGGUUUCGAGUUUGACUACCUGCGCGACAUGCACAAACAUGUGCAAGAAUGUGACUUCCGCAUCAACUCCGCCCAGAAGAGACUUGAAAAGACGCCCGAUGAGAUAAGGCAGACCAACGCCUAUUUGAAAGCCAUCAACGAACUCUCUAGGUCCAUUGAUGCUGGCCUGCUCGAAAUUCAAAUCAUGGGAGAGGAAGGCAUGGUCAACAUGGCCGUUCAAGAAAUGUACAAGGUGCAGAUGAAGCAGAUGGAGAAGGCCGAGGCCGAAAAGCACCUGCGCAACCUCUCCGACACUGGCGGCCCAUCUGGUCACCAAAAACUCCAGGUUUGCGAUGUGUGCGGUGCUUACCUCAGUCGCCUCGACAACGACCGCCGCCUGGCCGACCACUUCUACGGGAAGAUGCAUCUCGGCUUUGCUCAAAUGCGAAAAUCCCACAAGGAAAUGCAGAAACUCACAAAUGGACGCGCUCCGCCGCACCGCGAAUCAUACGGUGGCGACGAUGGCCAUGGACGCGGUGGCGGAUGGGGCGGAGGAGGUGGUUACGGUGGAGGAGGCGGAGGUGGAGGCGGGUAUGGUGGCCGCGGUGGUCGACGUGGAGGACGUGGCAGGCGAGGCGCUUGGUGA